AUGGCGGGAGUAGAGAGCGCCGAGGACCCCGGUCAGGCCUCCAGUCGUCACUCUGCGCGUCCCUCAGACGCUUCACUGCAACGCACAUGUGCUCCGCCGCAUCCUCCCCGCCCGUUUGGUGCGCCUGGUGCGGCGCCUUCUGCGGGCGUCGCCCUCAAACGUCGGCGGCGCUUCGGAGUCUCGGCGUGUCUGCAUGCACUUCGGGGCACGUUGCCGCGCAACGACCUGCCGGGGGCGAACCAGAAAACGCCUUUGGGACUGAAUCGCUACGUUCUGCUGCUCGUCUACGUCCUUUAUGUCACGUGUACCGGCGUUUUCUUCCACGGUUGGCCUGCGGUUGCCUUGCUGAUCUUUCAGAACGAGGGCUUCCAGAGUCUGUGUGCACGCGACCCGGAGACUGGCGACUACGUUGAAGACAGGCGCGUCGAGGGGAAGCCGUAUAUCUGCGACAACCAGGAUGCAGCCGUGCAGAAGCUGUACACCAUGACAAGCGCCAUCUGCAGCACCAUGUGUGCGUUCGCGGGUGCGCUCCUGGACUACGCGGGGCCUCGGUGGACAGCGGUUCUGGGGCAGACAGGGAAUUUCCUCGGCUGGCUGUGUCUGUCCUUCUCGUAUCGGUCCGACGCGUUCUACUACGUCGGCUUGACGCUGAUUGCACUGGGUGCGGACACUGCAUUCCUGCCAACCUUCUCCCUCACGCGCCUCUUCCCCGGCUCCGGCGGGCUCAUCCUCACCAUCCUCGGGUCUGCGGUCUCCGCGAGCUACGCGCUCCCGCUCAUUCUGAACGCAGUCAUCGAGGCCUACAGAUUCUCUUUCCAGUCCGUCGCGCUCGUCUAUGCGUGCAUGUGCCCGCUCAUGUGCAUCCUCAUCGCCUUGGUGCUCAUGCCGCGCAACGGCUUCGUCGCGAUGCCCGAGGAGCCUGAUCCGGGCGAGGAGACUUACAGCCCCCCAGUUGGGCGCCGCGGAGACGCGCUGCACGGAGACCAAGACGGUGAGCGCGACACGAGCUCCUGCGACGGCGGGAAGGCCGUUGAACUCGAAGCGGGGAUAAGCGGCGCAGCGGCGCAACAGGAAAGCGUGAGCGCCUCUCGGCUCGACGCGGGGCGGAUCUCAUCCGCGGAUCGCGGAGGCAUUGCGGCUGAAGCGCGUCUGUUGCAGCAGGCAUCCUCCUCGAGCGACACGCGCCUCCAUGGAGGUGAAUCGUCCACGGCCGCUGCGGAGGGCGCGGGGAGAAGUGGAUACGGUCAGAAGGGCACCACUGAGUGCGAGCGUCAGGCGGGGGUUUCCGGGAAUAGAGAGGGAAGCUGGGUGCGGCAGGCUUUGAACAGCUGCGGCGGGCCUCGCAUGCAGCUUUUCUACCGCCAGUUUCUCUCCGAGAGGUAUGCACUGAUUGUGCUGUAUAAGGUGGGCGUGGUCCUGACGGCGGCGUAUUUCCAGCAGGCCUCGCGCCGACUUUUUAGCGAGGACGUGGUUCACAUUCGGGGUGUCAUACUUCCGUUCGCCUUCAUUCCGUGCAUCCUGCUGGGCAAGCUGGCGGACGUGAUUGGCAUCUGCCGCGUUCUCUUUCUCAUGGUCUUCUUCGGCGUAGGCAUGUACGGCUUUUCGCUGUCGUCCAGCUUCGUGUGCGGCUGCAUCUCCGUCGUACUCUUCAUGUUUUAUAUGAGUCUUUACUCCAGCCAGGUCUUCGUUUACGUCGAAAGCACCUUCUCGCCCGACGACUUUGGGAAGCUGGGCGGCCUCACGCUCAUGAUAGGGGGUCUCCUGAUGCUUGUGAUGAAUCCGCUGUAUGUGCACGUCACGCUCCGGAUGAGCAGGGGCGACCCCUUCUCGAUGCAGAUUGCCAUGCUCGCGGUGCUUGCCCUCCAGUUCGUCUGGAUAUCUCGCCUCUACAUCCUGUGGAAAAGAGAUCCUCAUCCGUUUGAGCCCCUGAAGGCCACGCACGUGGCGGGCCUGCAGAAGGUUCGCGUCCACAGCGACGACCAAAUUCGCGUGGCGGAUGGCGGAGCGGAGGCAAGACAGCCAGACAGGAUCACUGCGGCGAGAAACGCAGAUCUCGGGAAUGCGGGCCUCGAAGAGAUGCAAUUCGCUGACGGCACAACAAAGGCAGAGCUACCGGCUGGAGCUCGCCAGGCCGAAGCAGCGGCGGACUGA